AGAGGCUUCAUACAUUAUGAUGCUUGUGAGGAGCCAUAACCAUGUCGGACGAGGAACACCACUUCGAGUCAAAGGCUGAUGCUGGAGCAUCAAAGACAUAUCCCCAACAAGCUGGAACUAUCCGCAAAAACGGUUACAUUGUAAUCAAGAACAGGCCAUGCAAGGUUGUGGAGGUUUCAACUUCCAAAACUGGCAAGCAUGGACACGCAAAGUGUCACUUUGUUGGAAUUGACAUCUUCACAGGCAAAAAGCUUGAGGAUAUUGUGCCAUCUUCCCAUAACUGUGAUGUUCCUCAUGUCAAUCGCACUGACUACCAGCUCAUCGAUAUAUCAGAGGAUGGAUUUGUGAGUCUGCUGACUGACAGUGGUGGUACGAAGGAUGACCUUAGGCUUCCAACCGAUGAAAGUCUGCUUACGCAGAUCAAGGAUGGAUUUGCUGAGGGCAAAGAUCUGGUUGUGUCUGUUAUGUCUGCAAUGGGAGAGGAGCAGAUUUGUGCACUUAAGGACAUUGGUCCCAAGUAAUAGUUCUAUGUCAGGCUAAUGGAGGAAAGCUGAAGUUGUAACUGAGAUGAUAUAGUAUUUAUUUCGCUUUUUUUUCUUUUAUGUGGGUUUGUAUGCUAAAUCAGCCAAAAAAUUGCGCCAUUCUUACAAGAUGUGGUCAAAAUUGGAUGGCUUUAUUUGGGAGUCCUUGACCUAUAUUUUUAUUGUGUUGGAUAUAGAACCAUAAACUGUUAAAUGUUAUGUUUGGAUGCUAUUUGCAAGUUUUUCAGUCCCUUUUCUGAUAAAAUUUUCUUCA